ACCACGGCCACCACAGCCCGACUCUGCCUGGCGGCGACCAACCCAACGACGACUCAGCCACCGUGGCGGCCCCCGAUGGACUUUGCUAUGCUGCCAGGCUGGUCCUGAGCUCCUGGGCUCAAACAACCCUCCUGUUCCGCCUCUCGAGUAUCUGAGACUCCAGACGCCGCUGCGCUGGGCUCUUUCAAUGUUUCUUCGUGAACCAGAAGGAGUGAAUUGGCCCUACUAUGUGUUAGUCCUGUUGGGAGCAGGUCUUCCCCGGCUGCUCUUCUAGAACCGUGCAGGGCGUGGGUCGGGGGUCCCCAGGUGAGCAGAAGGUGGCAGUCCAGAACAUGUCUUCAUCAGCCCCAGCGUCUGCCGCCCGUGCCCCCACCCUCCUGCACCCAUGGCUGGCCCAGGCCCAUCCCUCCCUGGCACCUUCCACAUUCUAGAGGCCGUGGGACGCGACAAGCUGGUCCACCUGAAACACAAGCUGAGGACCCUGCGCUCGGGCUGCCAGGGAGCGGAUCUCCUGUGCGCCAUGGUGCUGCUGACCCUGGGCCAGGACACAGAGGCCAGGGUCUCCUUGGAGGCCGUGAAGGACGAUGCAGUGGCCCGGCUGGUGGCCCGGCGGUGGGCAGGUGUGGACAGUGCUGAGGCCCCAGAGGAGUCCCCAGAUGUGUCCUGGACUGUGGCCCGCUUGUACCAUCUGCUGGCCCAGGAGAAGCUGUGUUCUGCCUCACUGCGGGACAUGGCUUACCAGGAAGCUAUCCGCACCCUGGACGCUGAGGGUGACCACCGGCUGGGCGAGCUCCAGGGGGAGGCCCGGGAUCGGUGUGGAUGGGACAUCACAGAGGACCUGGGGGACUUUGAGCUGCUCCGUUCUGAUUUGGACCCCCUCACCCCAUCCUCAGCAUUGACCUCGGGGACUCGAAGCCAGCCUCGCCCCAUUGAUGCCCUGUCCAGCUGGAGCCGAGCUCGCUCCCUGCGGUCCACUGGCAGCCCGGCCUCACUGGUUAGCAAGCUGGAAAUCAGCCAGUCGCCCACCCUGCCCUUCCUCUGCCCACACCGUGGCUCCCACGGGCCCAGCAGGCUGAGCCAUGAGCCCCCGGCCAGUGUGGUGCCUCAGCCUGUCCCCAGGGGCUGCCAGGAGCCAGAGGAGGUAAGCUGGCCAUCAUCAGUGGACAUGGCCAGCCCCACAGAGUUUCCAGACAGUCCCGGACACCCCGAGGUGGCCCCAGAUCCAGCCUCAAUUGUCCCUGCUGCCCCAGAAACAAGCCCUCACUCCCCAUUGGAGCAGACCCAGGUGUCUGUGGACCCCAAAUCUCUCCUCUCACCCAUCCCGGACCCCGUGGAUACUCCUUGCACCAGCAGACCAACACCACCCCAGCCUUCCAUAGAAGAUGUCACGUCACAGAAUUCUGAGCCCGGCCCACCUGCUCCCUCGGCCAUCCAUACCUCCCCGCCUGCCCGUACUUCUCCCCCAUCACCCCCCAACCUGGUUCCUCCGGCCCCCUCGUCCCUGCCCUUCACCUUCCAGACAGAGACACCAGGGCAGAAGUUCUACAACUUUGUGGUCCUCCACGCCAGGGCUGAUGAGCACGUGGCCCUGCGUGUGCGGGACAGGCUGGAGGCCCUCGGGGUGCCUGACGGGGCCACCUUUUGCGAGGACUUCCAGGUGCCCGGGCGCGGUGAGCUGAGCUGCCUGCAGGAUGCCAUCGAUCACUCGGGCUUCACCAUCCUGCUGCUCACAGCAAGCUUCGACUGUCGCCUGGGCCUGCACCAGGUGAACCAGGCUCUGAUGAGCAGUGUCACACAGCAUGGCAGACACGACUGCGUCAUUCCCUUCCUGCCACUCGAGAGCUCCCAGGGGCAGCUCAGCCCUGACACUUCCAGCCUGCUGGCUGGCCUGGUGUGGCUGGACGAACACUCCUCGAUCUUCGCCAGGAAGGUGGCCAACACCUUCAAGCCACAGAAGCUGCAGGCCCGUCAGGCCCAGUGGAGGCAGGAGCAAGAGGCCCGCGCCCUGAGGGAGCAGAGACAACAGCUGGAGGGUCAGCGACAGCAGGUGGUCGCCUUCCAUGCUGCCUACUCUGGAUACCUGCAGACCUGGGCGUCCCUGCAGGCACAGAUGCACAGGCUCCAGGAGGCUUUCAGGAGUGGCUUGUCACUAGGGGCUCAGGUGCCCUUUGGGGAACAGGUGCCCCUGGAAGCUCCACCACCCUUCCCUGCCUGGUCGGGCUACCCUCAGCCCCCCACACUGAACCCAUGGCAGGCUGGCACCUCAUCUCCUGCCUCCCUGCAGGCCCCUUCUUUCCCCCAGCCCCCCACCUGCCCCCAGCUCCCCACCUUCCCCCAGCCUCCCACCUUCCCCCAGCCCCCCACCUUCCCCCAGCCCCUCACCUGCCCCCAGCCCCCCACCUUUCCCCAGCCCCCCACCUUCCCACCUGCCUCACCUGUGCCCCCUCAGACCCAGGGACCACAACCCCUCAUCAUCCACCAUGCCCAAAUGGUGCAGCUGGGGCUUAACAACCAAAUGUGGAGCCAGAGAGGCGACCAGGCUCCUGAUGACAAGUCACCCAAAGAGUGAGUGACCAGCGCUGACCACCUGGUCCCCAGGGCCCUGGAGCCCUGCCUGGGUCCGUGCGUGGGCUUGUGGGCCUCCAUCUGUCACCCCUGGUGUGCAGUGUUAGAUGGACCAUUUGCUACUUUGGAGACAUUCCUAGGGGGUGACCAGCUUGCUGGCCACAUCUGGACAUGCUGGCUACAUCUGGACAUGCUGGCUACAGACACAGGCUGUCUCUGGUGGGGACCUUGGUGGUGGGAGAU